AUGGUCACCCGAAAGCCUCUUCCACCUGGUCAUGAAGCUGUCUCGUUACCAUACCCUGUAACACCGAUCUCGACUGAACAACCUCAUCCCUUUGGAUCACAACCAUCACAAGAAGAUGUCAGAGCUUCAAGAGCACAUUUGUUGGACGAGGAUCCAGACAGUUGGGGAGAAGGUCAAGGGAAUACAACCUCCAAUUCUGGACAACCACUCUUGAAGCCAGAUAAUAUCCCAGAAGCUUUACGAGUCGGUCCAGGAGGUCGCUUGAAUACAAGCUCUCGGUCUUCUUUGCGACCAGAUCCUACUUCUACGAACCCGUUCUUGAGAAGACAAGUUCAGAAUAUGGAGGGGAAAGACAGUAGCGCAGAUGUAUGGGGGCAAACUCCUCAGACUCCCCCCAUUCCCUUCCAAGCGCCUUCGCCGAUACCUUCUGGUCAAAACAAUGGCAAGUCUUGCAAGUUCAUGGCGACCAAUCUUCCUUUACUAACCCCAAAUGCAGCCCCUGUGCAAGAAUUAUCCGAAUUAGCAGUGUCAGAUUCCAGCACAAACCCAUGGCAACCUGCGAUAGUUGAAAAACCAAAGACCCAACCUCCUCACAUUCCUACACUACAAACCGAAGACUCCGGAAAUAAUGCGUGGUUCGAUACUCCUGCUAAGCAAGCUUCUGGAAAUCCUUCAUCCGAUUCAUCACAGCCAGUUUUGGUGGAUAUAGAUGAGCCCGAUUCCCCUGCUUGGGAUGAAGAUGAACCCUCUCCGGUGAUCCAUGAAAUGCCCGUGGACAACCGAAAAGAGUCGAAGCAGUUAUUAGAAGAUCAGCAUGCGUGGGAUGAUGAUGAGGGGCAUAGCGCAAAACAAGAGCACGCUACCUCGAGUAGAUCGGAAAUUCAAGAUGAACAAUCUCAGUCUGCCGAAGGCUGGGAUAUUGUAGAUCAUGGUGUUACUGCAACUGGUGCACAAGAAAGUGGUAUAAUAGCCGCAGAUGAUAAUCCACCUCUACCAUCAUACCAAAAGACGCAGGACCAUGCGCCAGUUCUUCCUGCGAGAAGAUCAGAGGAACCACUUAUUCAACUCGAAGAUCAGCCAUCACAACAACAGCUUUCUUCUGAGCAACCCCAAAGACCGACAAUAAUCACCGAAGCACCAAGUGCAUCUUCAGUCGCCGCGGAUGCACCCCCUACAUCCGCUGUUCAGAGACAAAAGAAGGAAACCUACGAAAUCAAAAAGAUAACUUGGCAUGACGUUGACGCUGAGCACAAUCCUCGAAUUUCUCCUAUAUUAGUACAGAAUGCCAAUGGACCAUGUCCUCUUCUAGCUCUUGUCAAUGCUCUCACUUUGUCCACACCUGCCAAUGUUAAGACAGCACUUGUAGAAACACUUCGUUCUCGCGAGCAAGUAAGCUUAGGCUUAUUGCUGGAUGCUGUAUUUGACGAGCUGAUGUCCGGUCGGCGUGGUGAUGCAGCUCAGGAACUGCCUGACGUGAGUGAUUUAUAUUCAUUCCUCAUCACACUACAUACCGGGAUGAACGUAAAUCCUCGGUUCUUUCCACCUGCACCUACAAAAUCUUCCAUUGAUCCUCGGAGAUCCAUGUCACAUGUGCAUCCAAGCACGCGAGAGGAAAGCCUACCUGGAACAUUUGAGGAGACCAGAGAGAUGAAGCUUUACAGCACGUUUUCUAUUCCUUUAAUACAUGGGUGGCUUCCAGAACGAGACUCCCCAGCAUAUAGAGCACUCGCUCGAUCUGCCAAAUCUUAUGAAGACUCUCAAAACUUAAUGUUUAAUGAGGAAGUCUUAGAGGAAAAGUUGCAUCGUGAAGGGUUGAGUUUUGAGGAGCAAGCAACACUCGAGGAUAUCGCCACCAUCAAAGCAUUCUUUACUAGUAACCCUACACAACUCACCAAGUUCGGACUAAAUACCAUCACAGGUUCUGUGGCUCCUGGGGCUGUUGCGAUUCUCUUCCGUAAUGAUCAUUUCAGCACUUUAUAUCGUCAUCCACAAACGUUACAAUUGCUCCAGCUCGUUACUGACAUGGGAUAUGCUGGUCAUGAAGAGGUAGUUUGGGAAUCGUUGAUCGAUGUCAAUGGAGAAAAUGCAGAAUUCUUCUCGGGUGACUUUAGACUUGUUGGUGGAGCACCUCCGACGCCAUCACAAGCUACAGCUCACGAGUCUGGUGAUAAUUGGAAUUCAGUACCGGAUAAACGAUCAUCAGCGAUACAAACCUCAUCCGGUCAUUUGCAGACACCUAGCUCUGGUUCCAAUCUUCGUAAUUCGAAUUCGGAUGCACCUCCCAGUCCCAACACCGAGCAAGAAGAUCACGACCUUGCUCUGGCUCUACAACUACAAGAGGAAGAAGAACAACGUCAUGAACAAGAACAAGCUCGGAGAAGACGAGAAUCGGAAUUAUCACAACAAUAUAUUGAGCAAUCUAACCAAGGGAAUGUACCAGUCUUUCAGGGAGGAGGAGGUGGAAGAGGUGGCGGUCGAGGUUCAGUUCGCAAUCGUGGCUCAGUAGACGGAGGUAGAGGAAGAGGGUCAAGCGGUCGUGCAAGCAGCGCAGGACGAGGAACCACACCCUCAACAGCAUCAGACAUUAGACCUCUCAUCCCACCACGUCGUAACAACGCUGCACCCCCGCCUUCUACCGACCCCGAAGGUGACAUCGAUGCCCCGCCCCCAAGUUAUGAGCAUGCUGCUACGCAACCUGCGUAUACGCCAGGCGCUGGACAUCCACAAUAUGCCCCUCCAAGACCGGGAGCUCGACCUAUUCGUCCUCCCAAUACCGGUAGGAGAACUAGUACUGGAACCAAUCAUCAGAGUCCUACGGCGGGUAGAGGUGGGCCACAAGCUAUGGGUCGAGGACGAAGGGGCACUGCUGGGUCGGUGGCCCCGCAGGUGCAGUCGCAGGGGGAAGUGAGAAGGGAGAGGGAUUGUGUUGUUAUGUGA